GGAUUGAGCAAGAGCAGAGGACAAGGGCAGGAGAACUGUGAGUCUACUGGAAGGACAUUAGCGGCGAGGGACAAAUCUUUGGGAGUCGGUGAUGAGAAAGUGAGGGGCUCGAGAAGGAAUGAGAGAGGAUUAACUGGGUGUGAGCGAAAUGGAUCGAAAGAGAGAGAGAAUAUGGAAUUAGCUGAGACAGAGAGAAAGAGGGAGGGAGAAUCCGUACAUUGGCAAUCUUUCUGAUUUCGCUGGAUGGGUGAACCUUGAAGAUGAAGCUAAAGGGCUUUUGGCACUCCCUCUGCUCGUGUGCAGUAGCAGAGAGAGAAAAGUGCAGGGUGAUCCUCUGGGAUGCCCUGGUGUUUGUAACUGACCAGAUUGCCGCAGUCCUCGGAAGCCCGAUCGUGCGAGGUUAUUACCACCUGUGGCUGGCUGCGUUGGUCAUCUUCGGGCCUCUGCUCCAGUUUUACAUCAGCCCCAGGGUCAUCUUCGCCAAUAAAAGGAACUACUUCCAUGUGCGGCUGGUGGAGUGCUGCUGGUCUUGGACGGUGUUGUUGGCGGGAGGUUAUGUGUUGCUGCUGAGCUCGGGGCCUUCAGGCAACCCGCUGCCGGCCCUGAAGCCCCUCAGUCGCCUGGCAGUGGGGGCCGGUGUCCGGCUACUGUGUGCCCGGGCCUUCUCCUGGAUCGAGGAGGUGACCGGAUCGUGCUUUGAGCCUGCAUCCCGGGGCCUGCUGCUGUUGGUGGAGGAGGAGGAGGCAGGAGGUGAGGCUGGAGCUUGGGCCUGGGCCAGAGCUGCAGGCUGGGGCCUAGCGGGUCGCCGUGCUGCCUGCCUCCUGGAGCCGGGCCGCCUGUGGCUGGGCUAUGAGCUGUCUGGGGACACCUUCAUGCUCUGCUUCGCCUCACUGGUGCUAGCCGAGGAGCUGUCAGCCUUCCAAAAUUACCUGGGCGCUGGGCAUACGGCCUGUGGGCCCCUCCGGCUGCUCUUCCUUCUCACUGCCACCUUCCUGCUGCUCUGGAAUGGCCUGCUGCUCCUCUCUGUCACCUUCUUCCACCGAUACUCCCAGAAAUUAGCCGCUGCUGCCCUCGCCCAGCUCGCCUGGCACCUCACCUAUCGCCGUUGGUACCGGUGCUCCUGGUCGCCAGGCUACCCUGGACAAGGCCUCACCUGCCCCAGGCCUGGCCCAUACCCCGGGCCUGGGCGCUGUGUGUGCGGGGCAACCCGCAGAAGGAGCUACACCUGGGACCCAGCCUCUGAUACCCUCCUGUACCGGGAGUGAGGGCCUGGGCUUCCCCUUUCACCCAGAGCCCAAGUCAAACAGACAUCAGGUGGGGGUCAGGUAUCAAACCCCAACCCAUCACAACACGCACCCUCCGACAGUGCAGUACUCCUUCAGUACUGACCCCCCAACAGUGCGGGGCUCCUACAGUACUGACCCGCUGACAGUGAAGAGCUCCUACAGUACUGACCCUCUGACAGUGCAGAGCUCUCUCUGCACUGACCCAAUAACAGUGUGGCACUCCCUCAGUGCUGACCCUCUGACAGUGCCCGCUCCCUCAGUGCUGACCCUCUGACAGUGCGGAGCUCCCUCAGUGCUGACCCUCUGACAGUGCCCACUCCCUCAGCUCUGACUCUCCGACAGUGUGGAGCUCCCUCAGUGCUGACCCUUUGACAGUGCCCGCUCCUUCAGCACUGACCCUCUGACAGUACGGAGCUCCCUCAGUGCUGACCUUUCCACAGUGUAGACCUUCAUUAACACUGACACCUAGACAUGCUGCUGUCCCUCAGUUCUGAUCCUCCAACAGUAAUAAAUAUAUGCGUUUCUUUAUUACUGAUAUUACUUUGAGGAGUUGGUAGUCAUCUCCUUCCAGAACUGUUUGCCAAAGCUUGGAAAUGUUACUUAAGGCUUUGAGCUGAGAUCCUGAUCGCUCUAAUUUCAUUCUGAACGUCAGACACACUCUUGGCUGAAAACUACUUGUGUUUGAUGUCAGGACCGUGGUUUGAGCUUUGUAUACCUACUGUUUGGGCAUUGUACCCGUGUGUGUUUUGGAUACUAUUCAAAAACUGUUCUGUUUCUUCACAAUUUAUAAAGGAUUGUGUUGGGAUUAAUGGGAUUAUGCUUUUAUUGCUCGUUUAAAAAUCUCUGAAUUUGUUUUCAAAGUC